AUGAACGCGUUCAUGGUGUGGGCUAAAUACGAGCGAAGGGAGUUUCUGAAGGCCUGCCCUGACAUGCACAAUUCCAACAUAUCGAAAAUCCUGGGGGCCAGAUUGAGGGGGAUGUCGAACUCCGAGAAACAACCUUACUACGAGGAACAAUCCAGGUUAUCGAAGUUGCACAUGGAGAAACACCCCGACUAUAGAUACAGGCCGAGGCCUAAGAGGACCAGUAUUGUGGAUGGAAAGAAGAUGAGGAUAUCGGAGUACAAGAUGCUCUUGAGGCAGAGAAGGCAGUAG